UUCCUCAGUGCAGACAUGAUGACACACCCGAGCCUUCUCCCCGAAGUAGACGUUGCAGCCCUGGGCCCCCUGUUUGCUGCAGACACAGUAGAUUACCUGGAAGAAACCUAUGUCAUCAAAGUGCAGGCCAGCAUUGCUGAAUGGAUGCAGAAGACCCUGGAGAUGGAGGUUAAGGAGUGGUUCAGCGAGACGGAGCCAGAAGCGGACUACCAAGGCUGCUUCCAGACCACUCUGCCCAUCAUUGCCAUGAAGGUGAGAACCUUUCAGAUGCUGGAUGAGAACAUCCGAGUGGCCUCCCUCAUCUCUGACACCCUCCUACCGAAGGUGCGCAGCAUGGCUCUGGCGGAGUUGGAGGCCUUCCUGGGCAGCCUGACUGAGGCCCUGGUGGAAUUUGACAGAGAACACCAACGAGAGCCGGCCGCGUCCAAGUGCUAUGCCCCUUACUUGCUGUCAGCCAUCAACAACUGCCUGGCUCUCAGCUCUUCCAUCUCAGCCCUCUGUACCGAAGGACCAUCGCCUUCAGAGCCCAGCCGGAUUCCAUCCUCGCUGAAUGCUGCUGUGGAGAAGGCCCAGAAGAAGGCAUGUCGGCUGUUACUAGACGCGAUGCUAGAAGACCUUCAGCCUCUGUUUGCCCAGCUGCCCUCCCGUCGAUGGCUGUCUGACCCCCAGAUGAUGGGUAACAUAUGUGAGGUGAUCGACACCCACGUGAAAGGCUUCUGCAGGGCUCACAAACCUUUCAGCACGUAUCUCCUGUCAGACUCUGAGCACUUGGUCAUGAGCCAGUACGUGAAAGCACUGCUGCAGAAGAAGAUCGUGUGCCGGAAUGCAGAGGAGAGGAAUCAGAUGGGCCGGCGGAUGUUGCAGGAUGCCUCUCAGCUGAAGGAGCUCUUCUGCAGCCUGGGCUUGGAGGAGAGUGAUCAGUCCCUCAGAGUGAUCGCUGAUCUACAGGAGCUGAUUAGCCUCAAGGAUCCCACCAUGCUGGAAUUGGAAGUGCCGGGGUUUGUGACAAAAUACCCAGACAUCAGCGACGACCACGUUUCCAUGCUCCUAGAAGUGCGCGGUGACGUCCCUAAAGAAAUCCGCAACAACGUGCUGGAGAUAAUGGCGCAGAAUCCCCAAGUCCUGCCGGAGAACCACCAAUCCGUCUUUAGUAACAUUCUGGUUCCUGCUCCAGAGCCGCCCUUCUGCCUUGGCAAGCCCAAGUGUGCCUGAUGU